UUCAGUAAAAUGGCUACUCGGAAGAUAUCUGAGUCGGUCUAUAUGGGAAUGUGUCUCAAGAUAGGGACCGCCCAACAGCUGGCCUCGAGGAGAGAUAUAAUGGACAUUGUAGAGAUGUUACAGUCCAAAGAAAUGUUAAAUAUACAGUUCACAUUGAUGCUGAGUGGGAGUCGUAGAGAAGGGUUUAGAUUGAGAGGAUCAGACCUGGACUACAUGCGUUUUCCAAAUGACCACCGAGGGAUCUGGGACUUCUCUCAGUGUCAGUUUUACAACACACAAGAACAUGCACUGAUUCUCUGUGACAGUUCUGAGAGUCCACCAGGAUUCACUUUACUAUGGUUACCAUUCGAAAGAACUAGUCAUACAGUGAUGUCAGCGUGUGUAAGGAUGAAUGGAAUGCUCUAUAUCUCAAGUUCAAAGUACAGAGAGGUGACAUGUUCUUUAUCUAUUCCUGGUUCUUCACCUCACGGACCAUGUGGUAGUGGGACAAUUCAUGGUGUAGAAUUCGAUCAUGCCCAUUGCUUUGUCAGUGAUUUCUGGCCUCCUUGUGCCUCCACGUGGAUAGACAGGUGUCACUCAUGGCCCCCAUCUCAUGUUGUAAACGACAUUAUUAGAAAUGGGUGUCACUUUGUAGCGAUAGGACACAAACUAGGAAAUCAUACAGACAACGAAUGGAGAAUUUCUUUCUCUCAGGCGGAAUACAAACUUGUGUGUUCAAUAAAUCACACACAAUUUUUAAUUUAUGGAUUGCUGAAAUUGUUCUUAAAGGAAAUAAUUAAUGAAGGAUUGAGAGAUGAAGAUAAACUACUGUGUUCCUAUCACAUGAAAACGGCUGUUUUCUGGGCGAUUCAACAAAAUGCUCUACCUCACUGGCAUCCAAAAAAUCUAUUGGCGGGUUUCUGGGUCUGCUUUAAACUUCUCCUUAAAUGGGUGUACGAGGGAAAUUGUUCUAAUUUUUUUAUUCCAGAAAACAACAUGUUUCUGAACAAUAUCUAUGGUGAUGCACAAAAGACAUUAUUCACGCGACUAUAUAGAUUGUAUGAAAAGGGUAUAGCAUUGCUUUUACACAGUCCCUCCAUCAGUUCCUACAUCAUAAAUGUUUUGUGUAAUCCCAGACUCACUAUCUGUACCAUUGAAUACACUCUGAUUUCUGAGGUUGAACGUGAUAUGGAUAUUUUUCAUGAAGUGUUUGGUAAUGAUUCAACAGGCCCACCUGACCUACGGAUAUGCACAAAGUACCUACAUGCUGUGGAACGGUCAAUAGGUUUACCGCUGACACAGUAUCACAUUGUCAUGUUACAGAAACUUACAGCCACCGUCCUUCAGGGUAUUGUGUUUAUAUUACACAACUUGUACACUAACACAGGUUUAAACAAACAGUUGUAUAUUGUAGAUAAAUUGGCUUGUCACAUGCUGAAAAUAACUGCUAGGUUUGGGUGUGUGUCUGAUAUGUUCUACAUUGCCGUGUAUUAUUACAAAACAUUCAGAUACAAGGAAGCUUUAUCAGUUAUAGAUAUCACAAAGGUCAGGCUAGCACAGCCAUAUAUGAUGUAUGAGAGACAUGUAGAUAGAGAGAGGUAUACUGAGGCUGUAGGGGGACAGACCUUGUCUACAAAGAUGAGACAGGCUGUAGCACAGGAUAUCAUAUUUAACAAUGGGAUUUUUUAUAUCAAUGAAAUAAUGCCAGAACAACAAUCUAGUAAACAAAACAAUUGCCUUUUGUUGUCUAUUCCACCCCUCGUACUGUUGUAUAUGCUAGAGUUUUUGUGCUCUAGACAUGUCGACACAAUGAGAGCACAGAGAGCUUUAGAUGAUCUACAGAUCCUAGUCCACCAUGAUCAGGGACAGUUAAUACAUGUAUUAUGCAGAGACAUCUCCUGGGAGAUCCUAGGGAUCUGUCAACAAAUCACGGGGAAUCUUCAGGCUGCCCUGUACUCAUACCAACAGUCACUCAGACAAUAUCCAUUCAAUAGAAUACAAACUGCUACCAGACAGAGAAUUCAGGAUCUACAUUUAUGAACUUACUGACAAGCAAUUAGAAAGAAAAUGCAUGUCAAAAUCUGACAUUGUUAAUCGUAAUUGUUCUGGUCAUCUUUUUUAA